AUCGCUACGUCAUGUAACAAUACGGAAGUGAGACUCGAGUCUACCCGAAACAAACCGAUGGUGCUGUACUGUACUUGCACGACCACUCUCCUCUCCCGAAAAAGAAAUCAUUUAUCUAGUUUUGCACUGUUUAAAACUUUUAAGCAAAUGAAGAAAUAAGUCUUGCCAUUCAAUUGUCUGGAAUUUUGUAACCAUAAAGCUCGAGCAGGUGUAUAACAGCAGUAUAUUUAGUUAUGAAGUGUUGCUUUAAGAAGGAAGAACAACAGCUGUAAGCAUUAAUUCUGUCUGAAUUUGACGUUAUGGAUCAGUACUUAUUGGUGAGAGUCAUUGGCGAAGGAUCUUUUGGUCGAGCUCUUUUGGUUCAGCCAAUAAACGAAGAGAAACAAAAUUAUGUUAUGAAGGAAAUACGACUGCCAAAGGCUGACUCUGGGAUGAGGAACAGCAGAAGAGAAGCUGUGCUUCUGUCCAGAAUGAAGCAUGCAAACAUUGUGGCAUUCAAAGACUCUUUUGAAGCUGAUGGUCAUCUGUACAUUGUGAUGGAGUUCUGCAGUGGUGGAGAUCUUCUUCAAAGGAUACGGCAGCAAAAAAAUGUUAUGUUCCCUGAAGACGUGAUCCUGAAGUGGUUUGGACAGAUGUGUCUAGGCACCAAACACAUUCACGACAAAAGAGUACUUCACAGGGAUUUAAAAUCAAAGAACAUUUUCUUGACAGACAGUGGAACUGUGAAGGUGGGGGAUUUUGGUUCAGCUUGUACUCUUAACAGUGCAAAAGCAUACGCUCAGACGUAUGUGGGUACUCCAUAUUAUGUGUCUCCAGAGAUAUGGGACAGCAAACCUUACAAUAAUAAAAGUGACGUCUGGUCUCUUGGCUGCAUCUUGUAUGAACUUUGCACCCUCCAACACCCGUUUCAGGCUCGUAGCUGGAAGAGUCUGAUCUUGAAGGUGUGUCGAGGGACGUACGCACCUUUACCCAGUCACUUCCCCUAUGAGCUGCACUACCUCAUCAAACACAUGUUUAAGACUAACCCCAGAGACAGACCCUCAGUACACACAAUCCUCAGCUCUCACCGUGCUUCCCGGCUGCUGCAGAAACACCUGUCGCCAGAGAAAAAGGAACUGGUGCAAGAACGAACACGCCAUUGGAGGAAAGAGGAAGGAGAGAAUGUGGCCAUGUUUUUAGGCCAGAAGAGUUUAGUGACCACAUCUACCACUGAAGGAGCUUUGCAAGUUGGACAGUCCCUUAUGGAAAACAACAGCAGUGAUGACCCAGCUUCUCGAAAGAGGUGGGCAGUCGGAUCGUGUAAUACAGUGCUGGGGGUCCUGGGAAAUGCUGACAUUAUUUCCACUGGUAGCGUGGCAACUGCAGAACGGCCUGACCUAAUUUCAGAGGUCGAGAGUGUGGAGACCCAGCAGAGACGAGUGAGGAAACAAUGGGACAAAGAUCCACCAGAGAGACUUUUGAGUGUUCUGGAGAAAGCACAGCUCUGCUAUGGCUUUGAGACGUACACUAUACACAGAGAUGGUUUUUUAAGCCCAGAGCCUGUGGACAAAGUGGACGGCCUUGAGGAGACAAUCACAGACUUCAGUAGACUGGAGCCGCGCUCAGAUGAUGAAGACACGGAUUUUGAAGAGGAGUAUCCUUGUGACUGGAUAAAUGAACUAGAGAAAAUGGUGGAUGAACACUAGCAACUCAAGUGUGUUUUUGUACAUGUAAAUAAGUUUUAUUUGUAUUUGAUUUUGAAUAUUCCUUAUCAUAAGCCAUGAAAAUGUAGCAUUAAAGUGAUUUCUAAUUCUAAAAGCCUGUUGCAGUUUAUUCUUAAGACCACCUUUCAUAUAUAAAUAAGACCCUUCACGUGUGAUUAAACGUGUUGAGUGAUGUCAUAGCGUGCUGUUUUUAUGACACAACAAGUCAACAUCUCAUUUGUAACGUGUAACAAUAAAGGUGUCCAUGUUAACACAUUUUUGUUUAAUAACAGAAAUCAAUCAUUGUCUUGUUCUUAAAAAAUGCAUUUAUGAUUGUCUUGUUGAAGCCGGAUAAGUUAAAGGGAUAGUUUACCUAAAAAUGAAAAUUCUGUCAUCAUUUACUCACCCUCAAGUAGUUCCAAACAUGUAUCAGCUUCUUUGUUCUGCUGAACACAAAGAAAGAUACUUGGAAGAAUGACUAAAUAAGAAUGACUAAAUAUUUGGAAGUGACUAAAUAAAAAAAGUCCCUUAAACAUUAAAGAAAAGCAUAUGAAUCUCACCCGUCAAAUAUAUAUAUAUAUAUAUAUAUAUAAUGUGUGUGUGUGUGUGUGUGUGUGUGUGUGUGUGUGUGUGUGUGUGCGCGUAUGUGACCCUGGUCAACAAAACCAUAAAGGUCAAUUUUUUGAAAUUGAGAUUUAUACAUCAUCUGAAAGCUGAAUAAAUAAGCUUUCCAUUUAUGUAUGGUUAUGUUAGGAUAGGACAAUAUUUGGCCGAGAUAUAACUAUUUAAAAAAAAAGUCUUGAAUCUGA